AUGAUCCAUCUAAAGAAAGAGUUUCACAAAAUUUUGUUAUCUAAUAGCGAACCCAUCGAUCUAGACCGAGAGUCAUCGGCUCGGUCAUCCUUCUAUUCCUCCACAGAGGGUAGCCUCACUAGGUUUAUUUGCUCUGAUGGCAACGACAAUCGCAGCAGCUUCUCAAGCUCCAAUUGUCUGUCAGUAGACAGACUCUAUGAAUUCAACAUGGUUCCGUUGGACGCCAUGGUGGAUCUGCGGAAAAUAUCGCAGCACAUGGCGAAGAGUGGGUAUGCGAGUGAAUGCAUCCAAGUCUUCAUUCUCAGCAGGAAGUUGGUGGUGGAAGAGAGUUUAUACAAUCUAGGUGUGGACAAGUUGUGUGAAGAUGUGUUUGAGGGGCUUGAUAAGAUGAGAGAUGCUUGUUUUGCCGAAAAUGCCAAGAAGAGCACAUGCAGGGUUUUUGCCUUGGCAGAAGGACUGGCAGCCACAAGCCUAUUGUCGGAAAGGAUAUUUAGAGUGCUUGAUCUGUACAAAGCCAUCACUAAUCUCAUGUCGAACAUCGAGGCCAUAUAUUGUCAAAACUCCUUUCCAAGCAUGCAUGACCAAGCCCAGAAGAUCGUGACCAGGCUGGGAGAGGCGGCCCGGGGAAUGUUGAAAGAAUUUGAUAAGGCCAUUGAGAAGGAGAAUUCUAAGGCUCCCAGUCUACGUGCCAUUAUACAUCCUCUCACCAGAUAA